AUGACCAAAAAUGACAUUCUUGAGAAAAAAAGGGAAGAGUGUGAAUUUGUGAAAAUUGAUAUUCAUCAUCGUGUUCAAGGAGAUGUGGUUCUUGGAUGUGUACAUGUGGAUCAUGUUAGGGAGGAUAUUAUAUUUAGAGUAAUGUUUCACACAACAUUUGUGCGAAGCGGCGUACUCAAUUUGAGUUGUGAUGAAGUUGAUGUUAUGUGGGAUGCAAGAGACCAGAUGCAAAAGAACUUUAAAGCAAAGGUAUGUUUUUUGGAGGCUGAUGCUCUACCAUCUAUUAUCACCACAAAAGGAGAAUUUGACGACAAUAAUGGGACCGAAAGUCCUACACAUGAAGAGUGUUUUAAAGUCGAAGAGAUUUUUAGUAAUGCGGUUGAUGAACAAAAAAUUAAGGUGGAUGCUGAAAAUGGUGAUAUAGUCUUGAAGGAAGGACCUGUACCAGAAUCCAAAGUUGACGCAUUUGAAGACUAUGAACCAGAUGAUGGGAACAAAAAACCUGAAAACAAGAUUUUAGUUUGGUAUGAAGAUGCACGGUGGUCGCAACAACGAAGCCUAGUGAGUAGAACCGGCCGCAACGCGCCGGGUACUACUUCUAGUUAUAAAUCUAAAAGUUAACAUCAAAAUUCAGAAGAAAAAAAAACUAAGCACUAGUACAAAGUUGAUUUUAUGACGGGGUGAAAACUAUUAUU